GUUCAGGAGUUCUUCAUGACAUGUACCAAACUACCGUUAAGUGGAUGGUUUAGAAGAUUAAAGGAAAAUAAUGAGAUAUGUGCUACUGUGCUUGUGAAAGUGUAUAGAGCGAGUACUCUGCUAACUUGCUUCCUGUAUGCGUGUGAUCGAGUCUUUCACUGUGACUGUCUGGUUAUUUGUAGGCAUGAGUUGCUCGAGGAAGCCCGGAGACAAGGUUUACCUUUUGCACAAUGGGAUGGGCCAACUGUUGUCGUCUGGCUGGAGCUCUGGGUUGGGAUGCCAGCCUGGUAUGUGGCCGCUUGCCGAGCCAACAUGAAAAGCGGGGCUAUCAUGUCCACCCUGUCAGACACGGAGAUCCAGCGUGAGAUCGGCAUCAGCAACCCUCUGCACAGGCUGAAGCUGAGGCUGGCCAUUCAGGCGAUCACGUCCCUCACGAGUCCGUCAGCCCCUCCUACGUCAAGAACGACGCUCGCCUACGGGGACAUGAACCAUGAGUGGAUCGGGAACGAGUGGCUGCCCAGCCUGGGCCUCCCGCAAUACCGCAGCUACUUCAUGGAGUGCCUGGUGGACGCGCGCAUGCUGGACCAUCUCACCAAGAAGGACCUGCGCGGGCAGCUGAAGAUGGUGGACAGCUUCCACAGAAACAGCUUCCAGUGUGGAAUUAUGUGCCUGCGAAGGCUGAAUUAUGACCGAAAAGAACUGGAAAGAAAAAGAGAAGAAAGCCAGAAUGAAAUAAAAGGCUAGUACAUUACGUUUAAUUGAUUUAGCAUAUUUCUGCUUCCCAGUGUAUUAGCAGCCUAAGUGAUUUCCUAGUUUCUUUAAAUUAAAAAUAAUAUUUUUUUAUUGUGGUCAUGAUAGUUUAUAGCAUUGUGAAAUUUCAGUUGUACAUUAAUGUUUGUCAGACACCAUGUGAGUGUGCCGCUUCGCCCCUUGUGGCCACCUUCCACACCCCUUGCCCCUGGUAACCACUAAAUUGUUCUCUUUGUCCGUA